AUGUUCGAGUCUAUGAUCAAAAAACCCCGUGCAACUCAAGCAGAGUAUUCUGAUGUGGCAAAUGCCAUCCUCGAUGGAGCAGAUAGUGUGAUGCUAUCAGGGGAAACUGCCAAAGGGGCAUACCCUGUUAAGUGUGUACGUACUAUGGCUACCAUCUGUAAAGAAGCAGAGACAGCCGUUUGGCAGAGACAAUUAUUUGCUGACUUAACGUCUGCUGUAAGUUUAUUACUAGAAGAAGAAACAAAUAAUAAUUACCAUCUUCUAAUUGUACAUUUUCAAAUGCUUAAGGUCAAUUUGCCUUUGGAUGCUUCACACACAAUUGCUAUUUCUGCUGUAGAUGCAGCUAAUAAAAGUAAAGCUGCUGCCAUUGUUGUUCUUACAUCUUCUGGCCAUUCUGCACAUCGCAUUUCUAAAUAUCGCCCACGUUGUCCAAUCAUAGCUCUGACCAGAAAUGCCAAAGUCGCCCGCCAAUGUCAUAUUUAUCGUGGUAUUCUACCUUUAUACUAUAAUGUACAACCAUUAAGCGACUGGUUGAAAGAUGUGGACACCCGUGUAGAGCACGCCAUUAAGUUUGAAUUCACUGAAGUCAUGAGAUCAUUAGGAUAUCAUCAACAGAUAUCUAUGGAUAGCUUUCAUAGUCCCAAUUUUAGUUUAGUGUCUGAAAUUUUAUUUUGGCUAGCUCUGCGUUUUGAACCUGACACUAAUUUACCACAAGAAAUUGAAACAUCUGAACAACGAGUUUAUUUCAUUCGCUCGAUUGUAGAAUUUUUUGUUCUUAAGACCAAUAUUAAAUUAAAUGUAAAGAAACUGUAUCAAGCUGAUCGAAAUGCAGUGGGUGAACUAUUAAAAAUAACUGAUUUACUUAAUGAUGCAUUAAAUACAAAACAAGUUUACGAGGAUGAAAGUUUUGCAAAAUUGGAAACUAACUUAACCUACAAAGCUAAUGAACUAAAAACGACAAGAGAUUUGGCAUCUAAAAUUACUCAAAAAGGUGCUGAAUUAUUUCGUUCCUUAGAAGAAGAGAGCGAACUACGGCCAAUCAGAGAUAGUCGAGUUAAUGCUGCAUUAGACAUUAAUGAAGUUGAACAAAGCCUUAAGACACUAAUUCAAAAAACAAAAAAAGAAACUGAACAUACAAGAGAUUUGAUAAAAAAUAUUUCAGCAACCGAAGCUAAUCUGGAUGCAAAAAUUACAAAACGACGAGAAGAUUUAGAAAGAAAUUCAAAGAGACUUCAAACUUUGAAACAAGUGAGGCCAGCAUUCUUAGAAGAAUUUGAAGAUUUAGAAUCUGAACUCAGAAACUUAUAUCAAGAAUAUAUUACAAGACAAAGAUGUAUAAGUUACUUAGAACAUCAACAAGAACAGGUCGCUCAGGCAGAAUUAAUACACAUACAAGAACAACAAGAAUUAGCAAAAAAAAUUAUUGAAAAUAAUAAACAAGAUAACGAUUUAAAACUAUUGGAAGAAGUUAAUAAUGAACCAUACAAUAACCAAUUUUUAGAAAACACACCAGAUAUUAGUAUUAAAGGAAGAGUAAGUAGUGCAGCUACAAGUAGAAAUCGUGGUAUGUUUGGCCGCUUAUCAGAUAGUGAAACUGAUUCUGAUUUAAUGUUAGACGAUGAAGAAGAUUCCAAUUUAAUGGCAUCUGAUGGAGAACUAUCUACUUCUAGAGCUGAAAAACUAGGAAGUAUUCAUAGUGAUAGUGCCGAUAGUAACAACUAAUAAGA